AUGACCUCGACUGCCUGCGAAUGCGCGCAGAGGUUCCUAUACUCUGGAGCCGCAUGUGUCCUCGCCUGGCACUGCAAGGAGCAUCAAUAUUUUGCUGAAAUCAGCUCAGCCGAGGUGGACAAGUUCCAGACACGCCUAAGCGUCUCAAAACAAGGUGUAAUGCGCUUUUUGCCUGCAGGUGAGGAUUGUGGAGCGGGAGAAACCUCACUUCAACUCUUCAAGCUGAACUUGAUGUCAAAUGAACCCUGGACCUCAAACCGCGAAGAUGCAGCCGUGGCAACGACGCUCAAUGCAAGAUGGAGAAGCCGAGUCUCAACUGCCGAUGACGUAACGCCAGUUGCCAUUUACAUGAGAGGCUUGUUUGAGUAUACAAUCAAGAGGCUGGAACGAUGGAUCACAGGGCGCAACGCAGCGGAAGUCGGUGUCGUCGUAGUGCUUGCCUCGCCAGCUUGCUGGAAUACUGAGACCAACGCCCGUUUCCAAAGAGCCGUCCAAUUGUCUGGUAUCGGCAGCCAGCAGAGUAUUGGCGACCGGACUCGUGAGACUCGCAUUGUAUUUGAUCGCGAGCAUAUGGCUGCGUUGAGGGGGAUCAGAAAGCAAGAGGGACUGUGGUACAUUGCUCCACGAAGCAAACUGCACAAAUUUAUCGUCGUUGAUGUUGGAGGGGUGACAAUUGAUGCAGUGGUAUGUCGGAACGCACCAGGAAACUCACCUUCCAAGUCCCGCUUAGGAGGCUCCUUCCUCGUCGAUUGCCAGUUUUGGGACUUGCUGGACGAAUGGAUCAAAAAGAAUUUCCCCGUGAGAGAAGAGCAGAACCAAGAACUCUACCGCGAGAGAAUGAAGGUGUUGGUAACGUGGGAAUUCAUGCAGAAGAUGUCCUAUCUCCCUCACAUCCCAGGUUCGCCACUUGAGGUGAAACUCCUUGAGAAAACAUUGACAAUUGGCCGAGAAGAGUUCAAGGGGUUCUUCAAGGAUACUGUAGAGAUCAUCGCCAAGGUUGUCAAUGACUUGUUCGAGGAGGAGGUCAAGCAGACUGGCGAUGCUCCGACAACGGUGAUAUUGACUGGGGGCUUUUCCCAUUGCGCAUGGCUCUACGUGGCACUGGCGGACCAACUGAAAGAGUCGCCGGCACGAAGCCUUCGUGUAAAUCCGCCAGGCGCUGAAUCCCGCUGGAAUGCUGUUGCGGUUGGGGCUGCAUAUGCGUACUGGCAACUGAGCCAGCCAAACGCAGAGCCCCAAGGAGAAGCGCCAGGCGAUGAAGUCGAGGACCAUGAAUGA